AUUGAUGACGAUGAGCCAGUAUAUUGCUACUGCAACCGCGUCUCCUUUGGCAAGAUGCUAGCCUGUGAGAACGACGCUUGCGAGGGUGGUGAGUGGUUUCAUUUCGCUUGCUUGGGCUUGACGGGUGCACCGAAGGGCAAAUGGUACUGUGACACCUGUCGC